AUGUACUGGGGAAACUGCCCUUUUAGGGUUUAUAUCAAGAGCAAGCCUGGCAAGUAUGGCAUUAAAAUUUGGGUUUGUACUGAUGUGAAAACAUCUUACUUAUUACAGAUCCAAAUUUACACAGGGAUGGUGGACAAUACUCAGGAAGUGAAUCAAGGACAGAGAGUUGUUUUGGAUCUGAUGGAACCAUUUCUGAAUAACGGUCAUGGUGUAACAACUGAUAAUUUGUUCAUCAGUUUUCCAUUGGCUGAUGAACUACUAAAACAAAAAAUGACAUUGGUUGGUACCUUGCGUUCCAAUAAGAAAGAAAUUCCGAAGGAAUUCUUGCCAAACAGAAAGGGAGAAGUUCACUCUUCAAUGUUUGAUUUCCUGAAUGGCAGAAGAAUAACUGAGGCUGACGUAAACCCUUAA